GUAAUGGGUGCAACCCGGCAUGAUUCAAUAGGAUCAGCGUAUAAAAAGGGAAGAGAUUGGUCAUCUUCAUCACUUUCCCACGGUGAGAGAUUGGAGCCAGCACAAGGUUUCAGAGAAACCAACUACAACGUCUUUUCCGACCACGACCGCUUCGCAACAUGGAGCUCCUGUAUACUCUGCAUGUCCUAACAAUUACCGUAGCUGCGGCCUUCGCAUUGCCAACUCCAGGGUUCGGAUGUAACGGCAAGCCAGCUGAUGUCGUAUUUCUUGUGGACACCUCGUCAAGUAUCUGGCCUGUCCACUUCAACCUCCACGUCCUACCCUUCAUCACCGGCGUUGUAGACCUCUUCGAUGUUGGCCCAGGCCCUUCCCAGACCCGUGUUGGCAUGGCCACCUUCAGCGAUGUCCAUCACCUCCAGUUUAAUCUAGGGGACUUUCUGGACAAGGAGAAACUAACCAAUAAAAUUCUUGACAUUUCCAUGGAUGGCGGCAACACUAACACUAGUGAUGCCCUGAUGUUCGCUACAGAGGAGAUGUUCAGAGCCGACCACGGGAGUCGAAACAACACAGCUCACAUCAUUGUCAUCCUCACUGAUGGCGCUUCUCAGGAUUAUGAGGCGACUCGGGCAGCUGCCCAAAACGCCCACGAGAAGGGCGUCCAGGUGUUUGCUAUUGGGGUAGGGUCUCAGAUAGACAAUAAGGAACUGGAAGACAUUGCUAGCGACCCUGAUGAAGACUUCAAGUUCAAUGUGACCAAUUUCGAGGCGCUAAAGAGAAUCGAGGGGAAAUUGGCUGUGAAAACAUGUGAAGUGUCAACACUUCGUGUUACCAAUGCCCCAUCCACAACUCCACUUUCGACCUCCCCGACGACAUCUUCUACAACAACGUCCAUCUCGACAAGAACGACAUCAGUAACAUCUGUGUCUGAGCCUACGACCACUACAGCAUCAACACCAGAGCCCACAACUAGAGCAACACCAGCCUCGGUCGUGGAAGAAGCUACCCCAGAACCUACAUCAGAACCCGAAAAUACUGGAUUCCGUAGUGACGAAGAAAUCAGAAACGAAGCGUGUGGCGGCAAGCCAGCCGAUGUCUACUUUAUCCUGGAUUCUUCUGGCAGCAUCGAGAAGGACGACUUCAGCCACACCAUGCUCGACUUUGUCCGCAACGUUACUGGACUCUUUGACAUCGGUUCCGGAGAUUCUCAAACCCGCGUCGGCAUCGUCACGUUCAGCGAUGACGUCACCCAGAUCUUCCCGCUGAGCGCCUACACAUCACGCAACGAGCUUCUCAAUGCCAUUUCACCCGAGAACAUUCCACACAAGGCCCAGGGCACCAAUACAGGCGAUGCUCUCCGUUUUGUUGUGGAACAGGGCUUCUCUCCCAAAGUUGCCAGACCCGGUGUUGCCCAUGUUGCUAUUGUUAUUACUGACGGUCAGUCGAAGGACACUGAAGCUACUACCGCGGCCGCCGAAGCUGCACACAGAGCAGGAAUCUACGUGUUUGCUAUCGGCGUGGGAGAGUCGGUUGACAAGCAGGAACUGAGCGACAUCGCCAACAAUCCUGACAUUCAGUUCACCUUCACCGUUAGCGACUUCGCCGCUCUGUCAGAAAUAAGAAACCUCUUGGCCAUCAGAACCUGUGAAGUUAAACAGCCUGAGGGCUUCUUUAGUGAACAAGCAGCCUGUGGCCUGGACGACGCUGAACUGGUGUUUGUCUACGAUUCUUUCUCCAUGGGGCUGAAAUCAACCCGUGUGAUAUCAUCGGAGGCCAGUAGCAUCACCUCCAGCCUCAGACGCAGAGUAAAGAACCUGUCCGUGGGGAUGAUCUCCGAGGCAUGUCCCUCCAACCUCGACAUCACUGUCAGGGACUCCGCGUCCUUCGUCAGAGAGACGCAACACAUUGAAGACACCAUCAAAACCAAGAUUGCAAACCUUAUCAAAGACGCUCGCCGGAAGUGGUUCUCGAGCAAGGAGUCGCGUCGCCAGAUCAUGAUCCUCUAUGUCGACGAGACUAGCCUUGAGAACACGCAAGAUCUGCUGAGUCAGACAAGAUACGCGAAACACAAGGGGAUAGAGGUGUUUGUAGUCGCUCUGGGCGAGGUCAACUCCAAACUCGUUGAUUCAAUCGCUUCUGAGCCAUCGCACGAUCACGUGAUCUAUAUCCACAAUGCAAGGCAUCUCACCAAGUCCAGGAGCGAGAUCAUCGAGAGUCUGUGUGGAGAUCACGGGAAAGAUAAAGGUUUUGAACUCCCCCUGGUGGACAGCCAGUAAGACGACGUCCCUGCCCAAGAAUGAUGCGAUCAAGCGUGGUUACCAUGGAAUGGGAGCCUAAUAAUCGAUAAAUCUACACGUGUCGAGAGACAAAAUAUUGACUGAUGUUACGAUACUGUUGCCAAGAUUUGUGCCACAUAUCUCGUUUGUGUUUAUCCCAACUGACAAUGUAUUUUCUCCCGAUUAUCGUAUUUUUGUCAACAUGUAUCCUUGAAAUAAUCCCCGGUUGAAGGAGUCAUCCCUUGAGAAGCUGUGAUAUGAUUUGUAUGGUGCUAUUUUCAAUGUGGAUCUGUGUAAUGGUCCGCAGUUGUAUACUGAACACGUUCCAUCCACGACAAACGAUAACAAGCAAACUAAGCUUCCAUCGUUUAAUUAUUAUGAAAGGACAAUCUUGUAUGCAUUUCCAUUAUUUUGUCAUAAUGCUAUUUAUGUAUUUAUUGUUUACCCAUUUAUCACUAUAUUAUACAUUUUUAUGUUUUAUAACAAAUAUUUAAGCAUAAAAAAUAAACUAUUUACAAAGACACCUUUAGUUAUUUUAUUGAGGAUGAUCAGUGAUUUAACUCAUAAAACGAUGAUGUUACAAUCCGACCAUUUACUGACUAACGAUCUAAGGGAGACAACUUUUCUCACACAUAAAACAGAUCCCUUGCUGUGACUGCAGAUUGGUAUUAUCAGUGGGAUCAAUGAAUGCUGCUUGUACAACUGAAUCGUUUU